GCUCCCAAACAAUCAAAGCUUCAGACUGGAUGACAGGAAAAACAACUUGGAAUUUACAAAUGUACAAAUCUCGGACUCGGGUGUGUACCACUGCAUCAGUUGUGUGGCUCAUCAGAUCCAGUUCUUGGCGACUGUUUAUGUGACCGUUAAGAAUUUCAGUUCAGGACUUUGGAUUGAUCAAAUGGAGUUGGAGACAGUGAAACCAGGAAUCUCUUUGGUUCUGAACUGUAAAGUUCAUUUUGGAACAUGUGCAGGAGAAUACAGGGUUCACUGGUUCAAACAGUCUGAAGAGUCUGCAGCAGGAGUCCUGUACAGUCAUGGAGGCAGCAGUGAUCAGUGUGACAACAACACCAACACUUCAACCAACUCCUGUGUGUACAGCCUCCCCAUACACAAUGUGAGCUCAGAGCAGACUGGGACCUACUACUGCGCUGUGGACGCCUGUGGACAAGUCCUGUUUGGGAACGGGACCAGGGUCAAUAUGAAGGCCACAGUCGACCCUGUUUUCUACAUCCUGACUGGAGCUCUGGUGUUCACCUCGGUCUUGGUUGUGUUUCUAGUUUUCUCAUUGUUCGUUGUGAUGAAGAAAAACAAAAGACAGAAUACAGCUCCGGCGUGUGAGGACAGCGAGACAUUAUCUACAAGAGGAAACACAGAGACUGAUCCAGACCACCUCCAUUACGCUGCUUUGAGCGUCAACAUGAAGUCCAGGAGACAGAGGAACACUGACCCAUGUGACUGUGUGUACUCCAGGGGGCAGCACCAACUCUACGAGUCUGUGAUGAGACUGGGCUCUUAA